AUGUCAUUACCUGUGCCUAUCGAGAAAUUAAAUGAAACCGAAAAUGACACUCAGAACAUUCAACUCGAGACAGAAACUUUACUCUCAGGAAAUUUUAACAACAAUAAUAAUAAUAACAUUGCUAAUACCUCUAAUUCACAGAUAAUAAUACCACCUAAUCUUUUACAGAUAAUAAAUAAUUUAGCAGGAGAUUACGACUAUGAUGAAAUUUGUCAAGAGAAAAAUUCAGGUACAGAUUUUUGCGAAGUUUUGACAGAUGAAACAAGAAGAAAUAAUUCUAAUCCAGAAGGUGAUCAAGACAGCCUGAGCUACGAUGAAGACUCGAACGAAGAAGAUGAAGAAGAUAACUUUGAAGAAGAAGAAGAAGAUGACAGUGACAAAGACAUUGACGAAACAUAUAACGAACUUGAAUCAGACGAUCUAAUUAACAGAAAAACAGAUGGAAACACGCGGACAGAAAUCUAG